GCCAAUGGGGCGCGGCGGCGGCGGGGGGAGGCGGGUUUAUAAGCGGAGGCGGCGCCGCGGCAGCCCCGUCCCGGCCCGUCCCGUCCCGCCAUGGCCGCGCUGCCGCGCGCGAUCGUGGCGCUGCUGCUGCUGCUGUGCCUCGCGCCCGCGCUGCCCCGCGCCGAGCCGGAGCCGCCCGCGCAGGAGGAGGAGGAGGAGGAGGACGGCGUCCUGGUGCUGCGCGCCGCCUCCUUCGAGCAGGCGCUGGCGGCGCACCGCUACCUGCUCGUCGAGUUCUACGCGCCGUGGUGCGGGCACUGCAAGGCGCUGGCCCCCGAGUACGCGAAGGCGGCGGCGAAGCUGCGCGCGGAGGGCUCGGAGAUCCGCCUGGCCAAGGUGGACGCCACCGAGGAGUCGGAGCUGGCGCAGCAGUUCGGCGUGCGCGGGUACCCCACCAUCAAGUUCUUCCGCAACGGCGACCGGGCGGCCCCCCGCGAGUACACAGCUGGCAGAGAAGCAGAUGACAUUGUCAGCUGGCUGAAGAAACGCACUGGCCCGGCUGCAACUACCCUGACAGAUGUUGCUGCAGCAGAGACGUUAGUGGACUCCAACGAAGUGGCUGUCAUUGGCUUCUUUAAGGAUUUGACAUCAGAGGCUGCAAAGGAGUUUUUGUUGGCAGCAGAAUCUGUGGACGACAUUCCUUUUGGGAUUUCCUCCAGUGAUGAUGUGUUUUCCAAGUACCAGCUUAGCAAAGAUGGAGUGGUUCUUUUCAAGAAGUUUGAUGAAGGCCGUAACAACUUUGAAGGGGAUCUCACGAAAGAUAACCUACUGAACUUCAUCAAGUCUAAUCAGUUGCCUCUGGUUAUAGAGUUCACUGAACAGACUGCUCCUAAAAUCUUUGGAGGAGAGAUCAAGACUCAUAUUCUGUUCUUCUUACCAAAAAGCGUGUCUGACUAUCAAGGGAAACUGGAUAAUUUCAAGAGCGCAGCUGGAAGCUUCAAAGGGAAGAUCCUGUUCAUCUUCAUAGACAGUGACCACAGUGACAAUCAAAGGAUUUUGGAGUUCUUUGGCCUAAAGAAAGAAGAAUGUCCAGCUGUACGUCUGAUCACCCUGGAGGAAGAAAUGACCAAAUACAAACCUGAAUCAGACGACCUCACAGCAGACAAGAUCAGAGAGUUCUGUAAUAAAUUCCUGGAGGGCAAGAUCAAGCCCCAUCUGAUGAGCCAAGAUCUUCCUGAAGACUGGGACAAACAGCCUGUCAAAGUUCUAGUUGGGAAGAAUUUUGAAGAAGUUGCUUUUGAUGAGAAUAAGAACGUUUUUGUGGAGUUCUAUGCCCCCUGGUGUGGUCACUGUAAGCAGCUGGCUCCUAUCUGGGACAAGCUGGGAGAGACCUACAGGGACCACGAGAACAUUGUCAUUGCCAAGAUGGAUUCAACAGCCAAUGAAGUAGAAGCAGUGAAAAUCCACAGCUUUCCCACACUCAAGUUCUUCCCUGCAGGCUCUGGCAGAAAUGUAAUUGACUACAAUGGAGAGAGGACGCUAGAAGGAUUCAAAAAAUUCUUGGAGAGUGGAGGACAGGAUGGGGCAGCAGCUGAUGAUGAUCUGGAGGAUCUGGAGACAGAUGAAGAAACAGACCUUGAGGAAGGUGAUGAUGAGCAGAAAAUCCAAAAGGAUGAGUUGUAAAGAAGACUGAUCUACAUCACCCAAAAAUCAGACACUAAAUUGGCUGCUGUUACGCAGCCCAGUGAGUCAGAAACCCAUUAAGAUUUAAAACAGAAGAUAAAUGACUGGAAAUCCAGGGAUUGGCUUUUAAAGUAACACUUCACCCUCACUUCUCUUUACACUUGACUAUCUUUUUCUUUCACUUUCGAAAAGGGAUCUGUCACUAGGUAGCCAGCCCUGCCAGCUGGGUUCACUUUUUUAUUGUGAUGUACUUUUUUUGUACACAGCUUUUUGUUUCAAGUAUUCUGUUCUUCUGGAUAGAAGCAGGUUGUGAAGUGGUAGCAUGAGUUUAAUAGCCCAACAUUUUGGAGCCUUGCCACUAAUACCUUCCAAGAAAGCUUUUUCCUUUUAUCUUUGAAAACUAAAGCCUGUAGCUGAUUUUUACCACCUGGCAGGUUCCUUAUUGGUCUCAGCUGUUCUUCCCUGGAGUCAGCAGCUGUAAGGGAAGACAGACUAGGCUGACUGCAUCGGUCCUGGUGGAAGGCGGUUAUGAAGGUGCUUCUCUUCAUGUAGGCCAGCUUUUCCCUGUACUUUAAGACAGUUGGAGAUGACUAUUCAAAACACGUGGAAGGGUGGAAUACUAUGUGCACUGGCUGUGGCAGGCUCUGAGGGUGGAGGUGGUUGCUGGCUUACCAGCUUAGAUGGGACCUAGCUGUGUUGCCAUCCUUCUGAUCAAAUGCAAGACUAUUUUGCAGUCACUUUACAUGCAUUAUUUUGAAUGGGUUGACCAGGCAGGUGGGUGGUGGGAGGGCCUGAUUAAAAAUACAUCAAACACAAAACAAACAUGGAACUUAAAAUUACUGGGCUUGGGGGAGGAACUUGAACAAGGGAGUGCCUCAAAGGCCUGAUCAGUGUCAGGCUUGCUCUUAGCAUUCCGCUAUAAUAACAUUGGAACUGCAUUUGUUGGCCAAAUAAAGUUGAGAUUUUAAUA